AUGAGAGUAAAAACACUCACAAUUCCACUCCAAACUAGUAUCAUAUUAUUCAUCACCACCAUCCUCCUCCUCUUCCCCACACACCACCAAGCCAAAAACAACCUCCCAAUCUCCGCCAGCGGCGCUGCGAUACUCCCCCCUCUGCAAGACCUACUAGUCUUCGCCGAUCAAAGGCUCGCCGCGGUGUACCCCGUGAUCCAAAGAUUUAAAGACAGCAUCACCUCUGACACCCCCUUCAACGUGACUGCCACGUGGACCGGCAGCAAGGGCUUCUUCUGCGACACCCCGCCCGACAACCGCUCCGCCACCACCGUGGCCUCCAUCGACUUCAACGGCUUCCAUAUUUCCUCCCCAACGCUGGUCGGCUUCCUCGACGAGCUCCCUGACCUCGCUCUGUUCCACGCCAACUCCAACUACUUCUCGGGGGCCUUCGCCUCGUCCAUCACCGCCCUCCCUACCUCUACGAGCUCGACCUCAGCAACAACCGCCUCUCGGGCCCAUUCCCCACUGCCAUCCUUGCCAUGGACGGUUCAAUUCCUUCACGGGAGCCGUACCGCCAGAGCUAUUCACCAUGGACCUCGACCUCCUCUUCCUGAACAACAACACUUCAUGACGCGCCUCCCCGACAACGCCGACGCCGAUGCCCACGUGGCGUAUCUCAAUUUGGCAAACAAUAAAUUCUUCGGGCCCAUCCCGCGCAGCAUAGCAAAAGCCUUAUCCGGUCUGUCGGAAAUUCUCCUCCUGAACAACCUCCUCAGCGGCUGCCUUCCAUACGAGUUGGGGCUGUUAAAAGACGCGGUGGUUUUCGACGUCGGAGGAAACGAUCUUACCGGACCGCUGCCGUUCUCGCUGGGGUGUCUGGACAAGCUGGAGGUGCUCAAUCUCGCAGGGAAUAAGUUGUACGGACAGGUGCCGGAGCCACUCUGUUUGUUGGCGAAUCUGAGGAAUGUAUCCUUGUCGGGGAACUACUUCAUGGGGUAG